UUCGCUUUCCGAGCGCUGCCGCUCUUUUGGACCCGGCGCUUGCCGUACCACAACAAACAUGGCGUCCUCUGCAGACGUUCACGUCCGCAUUUGUGGACAAGAAAUUAUAAAAUACGACCUAGAAAUCAAGGCGCUGAUUCAGGACAUCAGAGAAUGCCCUGGGCCCCAGUCUGCUCUUGUGGAGCUCAACUCUCAGGUCAAAGAGAAAUUCAACCAGCUCAGACUCAGAAUACAGGACCUAGAACAGAUGUCCAGAGAGCAGGACAGAGAGACAGACAGACACACCAUCCAGACGGAGGCAGAAAGCCACCGAAAGCAGAUGCUGAGUAACCAGACGGCGUGGCGGAAGGCCAACCUGGCCUGUAAACUGGCCAUAGACAACAAGGAGAAAGAUGAGCUGCUGUGCGGAGGGGAAAACCCGAGCACCAGACAGAGGAAGGCGACCAAGGAAAGCCUAGUCCAAACCAGCAGCAACAUCACAGAGAGCCUGAUGUCUGUCAGCAGGAUGAUGUCUCAGCAGGUCCAGCAGAGUGAAGACGCCAUUUCCUCACUGGCCACCUCCUCCAGAACAGUGCAGGAGACCAACGAGGAGUUCAAAGCCAUGACGGGAACCAUCCACCUGGGGAGGAAGCUGAUCCUCAAGUACAAUCGGCGGGAGCUGACGGACAAGCUGCUCAUCUUCCUGGCUCUGGCUCUCUUCCUGGCCACCGUCCUCUACAUCCUCAAGAAGCGCCUCUUCCCCUUCAUCUAGCCGGCCAGCGAUUUUACAGAGAAGGAUUUCUCCGUGUAAACUCCUGAGCUGAACCACAGACUACAUGGAGGGAGUCUUAAGCUGCACUGAGCCUUGACGACCUGAUGGACUGUGGCACAUACUGUAGCAUCACUCUCAGGUGAAAACCUUGUUAUUUGCAGGAUGUCAGUGUUUCAGGACGGCAAGCAACCUUGUUUUUAGCUUGACUAACAUGCAUUUGCGAGGUUAAAGGCAGACUGUGCAGUUUCAAAUGGUUUACUAGUGCUGAGGAUGAGGCCAAGGAAGGAUAAAAAUCCCUCAGGUUCAUGCCAAGACUAAUUUGAAUCUAAUUAUUUGUCGAAUGUACACAAAAACAAACAAAAAAAAAAUGGAGUGAAAUGUGCAUGUACGUUGGGUUAUGAUGGGAUAAAAGACUCCUGAGGCAUUUCUAAGAUAUUCUGUAGAGAAUUACGUGGCAUUCAUCAUGUUUUACCAGAUCAUAACAAGGUGCCCUCACCUUUGAAACUGCAGUCUGCCUUUAAUCUGAGGAUUUAUGGGGUUACAUAAUGUGGAUGGUAGAAUUUAUUCAGCCCAUAGAAUACGAGUGGAAACGUAAAAAUGACAAAAACAGGAAUUAUGAGGUUUGAUGAUGUUUACACUCUCAUCUCAUCUUCAGGGCAAACCAGGGUCAAGGCUGUUGUAUGUAAUAGUCUUCAUUAUAGUUUUUACUCAAUUGACUCGUGACUGAGUCAGCUUAUAGUCCAUGUAUGUUUGUUUGUUUGUUUGUUUGUUGUUUGUUGUUUGUUGUUUCAGGUCCAGUAGUAGCUGCAGUUACUGAUAGGUUUAUCUAGUGCCUUCCUUCAGCUCAAAUCAGAUGUACCGACUACUGAGUGUUUUCUGACCAUGUGAGGGCCAUCUGUCAUGUCGAGACCAUGAAUGUUAACUGUUGAAUGGUAGAUGUCUAUUUGAAUAAAGUUGUAUAUUUCCAGCA